GCAACACAGUGGUUGCAACUGAGAAAGCCAAGCUUUUGAGUACCUUGGGUUGAAAUGUCAUGCUUCUAAUCCACAGGAGAAAAUUGACUCCACAACUACGUUUGAUGAAGACAACCUGGUACAGGUUAUCUUUGACCUGUUUGCUGGAGGCACAGACACUCUUGUUGCCAUUCUCUCCUGGGCACUGCUUUUUAUGGUGGCCCAUCCCAAUAUUCAAGAGCAAGUCCAGAAGGAGCUAGGAAGUGCUCUCAGUCCCUCCAAAUUGGUCUGCUACGAGGAUCGGAAGCGAUUGCCCUAUACCAGUGCUGUGAUUAAGGAGACACAGCGCUUCAGCAACAUCAUACUAUUUGGGGCACCCAGAGUUUGUGUAGACGAUAUGAAUGUGCUUGGCAACUUCAUUGAAAAGAAUACUCUGGUGAUUCCUGAUUUGUGCUCUAUUAAUCUGGAUCCCAAGCUUUGGGAGACACCUCGCCAGUUCAACCCUAACCACUUCCUAGAUAAGGAUGGGAAAUUCAUAGUGAGAGAUGAAUUCCUCCCAUUUGGGACAGGAAGCCGUGCAUGCUUGGGGAAGUACAUAGCACAGGUGGAACUCUUUGUUUUGUUUACCAGCCUCGUGAGAGCAUUUACCUUCCGGCUGCCAGAGGAAGUGAAGGAAGUGAACACAGAACCUGUAAUAGCUGCUGUGGUGCAUCCCCGCCCAUUUAAGCUCUGUGCUGUUCCUCAUUAGGCUGUAGCCCACAGAAGACCAAGGUUGGAGAGUUUAGAGUGGCUUAUUGCUCACUGGGGAUUUUUCAUCUCCUACUGCAAAGCUUUAUCCUUUACUUCUCCAUAGCCUCGUUGCUCUGCUCAGUUCGUAGAGCAAGUGAUUCUUAACCGCAAGGCCUUGGGUUCAAGCCCCAUGUUGGGCAAAAAUAUUCCUUCAUUGCAGGGAGUUGGACUAGCUGACCCUCACGGUCCCUUCCAAAUCUAUAAUUCUGUGAUUCUGUAAUACAUGCGUUUUUUCGGGAGAGAAUUCAGGUAGAAAUAAAUGCCAGAACUGGAUGAAAGGAUCUGAGAACAGGAGUGAUCUGAACAGAUGCCAUCGUUCUAACACCCACAUUCAGAUUAGCCUGUUGAGUAGUAAAAGCACUGAGAAAUAUGAAAUCAAUUUGCACCUGAGUGCAGAUGGUCACAUUACAUUUUAUGUACGGUACUCUGGUUCAUGAUAAAAGGUAAAGGGACC